AUGCUACAGGAUCAGGAAAAGAAGCGAUGUGUGGCAAGGUCAACCGGAAGAGAAGUAUAUGUGACAAAGUCAUCGGAGGAAACGUUAUGUGCGAAAUCGGUUAGGGCAACGCAUCACUUCCAAGCUACCCAUCGCCACAUCCACAAAACAAGUUCGCCUCAUGGUCCAUAUGCCCAAUCGGAAAGAACAUGUGACGAACAGCUAACCCAACUUGAGCUGCAACAGUGGAAAGUUACGCUUAGAACACGACUACUCAUGUACUUUAGGCGUGCUGUUUUGGCCGAGUUGGGACCUAUUUAA